AUGCCGCCUCAGCCGGCUCAUCAUCAUCACUCGAGGUAUUCUGCCUUCGGUUCUCAUCAAACUGCCAGAGGAAAACCUGUUGAUCGAAACUUGCUGGAAUCCAUCCCAUCCAUGGACAAACUCUCGUACUACGAUGCUCCCGUCUCUCCUUCCUCCUCUUCUUCCACGUCAUCCGACGAUUCUAUCGAAACUGCGCCUCGUAACAUCCUUAGCAACUCGGGUAACAAGCUCAAUUCCCAUGCCAAAUUCAUGCGCCGAGGCAAGAUGUACGCUUGGGCACCUCAGUACGAAGAUGCCAAAUCUGACAAGCUGGUCCGCAAACGAUUGAAGCUAUGUCUUCAGCAAAUCUUACCCGAAGCCGCUACUGAGGUCGGAGCGCAACCACCUCAGAAUAUCAUCGACGCCGAGCAGAAGAAGAAGAAUCGGAAGAGGAAACGAGGGAAUGAACCUGAUUUUGUUCUACCUCAUCUUCGAAGUCCCUCUCCACCUAUGUCCACUACCAAGCUAGCACCGAUGUUGGCUCUACCCCGUACCUACCUCGAUAUCCUGACCAGUCCAUCGAUGCGACAUACGCUGGGUAACGACAGUAUGGAGACUGGACUCCAGCGGACGGCUGGCGAGCUGUUAGAAGGUGAGAAACCACUUAUGCAAGCUUUGGGUCGAACGAGAGAUAUCGUCAGGCUACUCCAAGCAGACGUACCUGUCGUGCCUAAGACUGAAGUACCUCAAACCAACGGUGAGGAAGAUAUCUCCGCCACCACGAAACCUGAUCAACCUCAACCAUCUACGAGAGAUCCUAAUUACAUCCCACCUCUACCUCAUAUAUCUGAUACCGAUAAUUUAUGGAGAGUAACCCAAGAACUGAUCGGUCCUCCCGCGAAUGGUAAUCCCACUUCACUCCCUCCACCUAACAUAACAUACACAGCCACACCAGCUGAAUCGAUCACUCCCAACAACGCUGAUCCCAAUAGCAAUACUAAUACCACCGAACCUGAACCCGUCCCAACACCAUUGCAGCGUUUAUUCACCUGUCCAGAUGGUAUCACCCUACGAUCCGUACCUAAUCCUGCGCAUCCUGGAUUCCAUUAUCCCCCCGGACACAGCUUACACCCCCAGACUAUCAGGUACAAUUUGGAUAUGACGAACCAAUGCAGAGCGGUUGAUGAUGCUUUGGAGAGGAUUGGUGAACUGUUGGCGGACUGUAAUGAGUAUAAAGAGAGGUUGGAAGAGGCUAGAGAUAGGGUCGCGGAUGUAGCGAGAGUAAGGAAGAAAGUCUGGAACGUAGUCAGAGAAAGAGGUGGUUGGGAGUUGGAUAGACAAGAAUUAGGGAAAGAUGCGUAA